CGGCUUCCGCCCGCCAGGCCCUGCGAGGAGGAGGAGGAGGAGGAGGAGGAGGAAGGCGGCCAUGUCUCUCAGGGCAGCAGCUCGGGGGGCCCUGCGGCCUUGGGCCCUGCUGCUGAGGGAGCGGGGAUGGAAGGCGGCGGCGGCUCCAGUGGGCUCUCGUGCGGCUUCAGACUUGCCCAGAGACAUGCUUCCUGGGCCUUAUCCCAAGACACCAGAGGAAAGGGCAGCUGCUGCACGAAAGUACAACAUGAGGGUGGAAGACUAUGAGCCAUAUCCAGAUGAUGGCAUGGGUUACGGUGAUUAUCCCAAACUCCCUGACCGAUCCCAACAAGAGAGAGAUCCAUGGUAUGAUUGGGACCAUUCUGACCUGAGGCGUAACCAUGGAGAGACAAUGCACUGGGAUUUUGAUAUGUAUGUUCGGACACGAGUUGACACAUCUCCGACAGUCUUAUCCUGGCAUACGAUGCGCAAUUAUCUCUAUGGCUUUAUUGGCUUCAUGCUUGUCAUGUUUGGUCUUGGAGAGUUAUAUCCGUCCUAUCAGCCUGUGGGACCAAAGCAAUAUCCCUACAACAACCUGUACCUGGAGCGAGGUGGAGAUCCCAAUCAGACUCCACCAGAAGUAAAGAACUAUGAGAUUUGAGAGCAUUGGACCUGCAACACCUUUUUGUCCUCUCUAUUUGCACAACUAAUUAUUGGGCAUAACUCUUGCUUCUUUAAAUAAUGGGAAUAGCAAAGUCUUGCUUUCAUAUCCCUAAUAUCAAUGAGGAUGCUUUAUGUUGGGCUGUGUGGAAGUUAUUGUUCUUCUUCACCAUCUUAAAAAGGAGUUUCAUUCACAUACAGCCAGCCUUGGCCUAAGACCAAUUGCUAAUUCCAACUUGAGUGGAUCUCCUGAGUCAACCAUUAGCUGGUAACUCAGCAUGUAUGUGUAGUUCAUUAAUUCUUUGGAUCUGUUCUAGCUGGGACAAGCAACUGAAUUUACGUCCUUGUUUCCUGCAAAACUAGUUCAUAUGAAAUCAGUACAUGGAGUGUGGGACAUAUAAGAUUUUUCUUGCAUAAGAAAAAAGGCAAAUAAACAGAAAUAUCCAUA